AUGAAAGAUUUUAUAGACAAUAAUGCCUAUAAUUAUGAUACUGAUGAUAUAGUAAUGGAUAUCAAUUUGGUUAAUAGUUUAACUACUUACUCUAAAAGUAUUAAUAACACAAUUAGUGAAGCUGUUAAUAAAGUUAUUAGCAAAAUCACUAACAAAAACACUAGUGAAAUUAUUAGUGAAACCAUUAGCGACACCACUAGAGAAAUCGCCAGCAAAGCCACUAGCAAAAUCACUAGUGAAGCUACUAAUAAAACAACUAGUGAAGCUACACCAAAGUUUAAAUUAUCUGUUUGGAAAAAUUUUACUCUAUUAGAAAAAGAACAAAAAGCUAAAUAUAUUUACGAAUCUGAAUCUGUAAAGCCUACAAUUUCACCAUUAAAUUGCGAGACACAUUGGAAUGCUACUUAUUUGAUAUUGCAAUCAGUUAUUGAAAUUAAGAAUGUGGUUGUCAGAAUAAAAGAUAGAGAUAAAACAUUCUCUGAUUUACCUAAGGAUAAUAAAUAG